AUUCGCUAUUGGUUAAUUUAAAAUGACACCAUAUAUAGCCAUUGCAUGUCAAUGCAAAUGAACUUUCACCAAUUGAAAAGGCUCAAAGUUUGACAAGAAGCAAAAGAAGCAUAAGGUUGCUCGAGUGGUCAAGGUCAAACAGAGGACAUAUUCAUGAUGAGCGUGAUACCAUUUGUCAAAGACGGCAUCCUUUGCUUUAAUGAUCUUUCAGUCAUUGUAUUUACUAAUGAAGGUAACAUGAAGAACAAAUACGAUGAGCUUCGCUCUUUAAUUAUUAAAGGGAAGGAUAACUUCGUGGAAGCAGAGCAAAGAGCUUCUGGUAUUUUAGGAAGUAUAGAUAAAGAGUGUGAGGAAUUAACUCAACAGAAAGGAAAACUGCAACGACAACGAUACAAGAAAACUGAAUGCCAAAACCUACAAGACCAGCUUGCAAGUCAGCAAAACAUACUACUGGAGCAUCAGAGAUCGUUAGCAAAUGCAAAUACACACUUACAAGCAACACAGGCAAAAGUUAAUGAGAUGCAUAGAAGAAUGGAGCACGAUGAAGCUGUGAGGAACGCUGGGAUCGGUCUGAUGUUCAUUCCGUUUGUUGGAACCAUAAUUGGAGCCACCUUGGUUGGGGUCUAUCAGACAGAUCUGGACAACGCAACAGAUGCUAAAAAUCAAGCUGAAAGUGAAGUUCACAACUGGGAAGGUCAAGUGGCAAGUAGUUCUCGAGGUGUUUCUGACUGUCAGACACAGAUCAACCAGAAGACACAGGAGAUUUCUCAAGCUAACACCAGUUUGGAGGUGUUACGAAGAACCAUAGAAGACGUCACACAGCAGCGCCUUGAUAUAGCUGAUGUCCAGGAGAAGUUCAGGAAUGCUGUCAGGGUUUUGACCAAUCUAGCUGGGAUAGCUACAGUAGGCGAGGUACAGACAAGGAAGUUUAUUCUGUUUGAGCCCCUCAUGACGGUACUUCAGGAAAUCUUUAAAUGUGUUCUGCAAAUGUCAGAUAAGAAGGGUCAUCUUCAGUGUGUCGAAACAGCUUUAAAUCCAAUACAAAGUGCUUUUGAAGAGAAUGUGAGAAAGAUGAAAGCUUUGUGUGACAAGGGGGAUGAUUACUGGUAGUAAAUCAGUAAAAUAUGGUUUCAUAAAUGUCUUUAAGUCUGGCUUUACCUUCCAUAAAAACCUGUUAUGCUAAACUAAAUAUAUUUGCAUGUAUGUGCAUGACUUUGAAGGUGUGUGCAAAUAAUACUCUUUAAAAAGUAUGUGAUUCAACACUUAAUGCAAAAAUUGGUUACUAUGUACAUUCACACAGUUGAUGUAUGAUUAAAUAACACAUUUUCCUCA